UGUAAUAAAUUCAGGAUUUUUUUAUUCAUCUGCUGAGCAACGAGAAAAACUUGUAGAAUCAGAGCGCAAAUUUACGGAUGAAAAAGUGAAAAAAAUUGUUGAAUUUAAAAAACAAGUAUGUGGGGAUACCAAUAAAGGAUUUGUUGUCAUUAAUCAAAAGGGAAUUGAUCCCUUGUCAUUGGAUCUUCUCUGUAAAAAUGGGAUUCUUGCAUUGAGACAAACAAAGGUUUUCAAGAUGUUGCAAAAAAUAUUGUCGUUUUUUGCAAUUCAUAAUGAGGAAAAGCUGCCCGAGCAAGUUCUAGAAGUUAUCUCAAAACCGGAACUUCCGAAUCAUCCUUAUUACCCAACAGAUCUCAAGUUACCAAAUUUCACUGAAAAAACAUAUUCAAUGGAAUAUUUAAUCGGAGUUUUUGCAGCAGCGACGAUAACAAUCACUUUAGUAUUCUUUUCAAUUAUUUCCCAAAAACGAAACGUUAGUGGAUUAAAUAAAUUUGCAUUUAUAUGGUUUAUUAUAACCGGAAGCAUUCAUAUAUUUCUUGAAGGAUAUUUCGUAUAUUCUCAUGAAACAAUUCAAUCUGAUAAUUUUUUACUUGCUCAAAUGUGGAAAGAAUAUUCUUUAAGUGAUUCAAGAUAUUUGACUUCUGAUUCAUUCGUGGUUAAUAUGGAAGGGAUCACUGCGGUUUUGUUGGGACCAGCAUCUUACUUUGCGGCAAUAGGGAUACAUCAAAAUUGGCCAUCACGACACGUUAUACAAUUGAUAGUAAGUUUAAGUCAAUUAUAUGGAUUAGUAUUAUAUUACGCGACGACAUUUUUUGAAGGAUUCCCUCAUUCACGUCCCGAACCUUUAUAUUUCUGGGGUUAUUUCUUUGGAAUCAAUUUCUUAUGGUUUUUGAUACCUGGCACUUUAAUCUUGCAAAGUUGUUUAUACUUGACUAAUACCGUCCGUGAGGUUCAAAAAAAAAAAAGUAAGAAAACCAAUUAA